AAAAAAAAAUACUAACUACCAACAUAUGUUGGAUCUCUCAAUUCUCAUGAGCACAUAAGUGCAUGAGCAUAAGAGCAUAAAGCAUGUUUUGAAGUGUUCUUGCAAAUCAUUUCAAAUGAAGGCAAUUACCUGGAUCAAUUCAUUGCAGCGACGUUCUUUAGUUGGAGAACGCUGUAUGCAUGCUUCUCUUUGAGUUCUCCAUGUCCUAGUGGUCGUGAUCACCCGAUUCUCAUCAUCCUCUUUCAACUUCUUCAAGCCAGGCGCGUAUUUCUGCCUGAUUUUUGUUUGAUUUCAUGAUGGCAUCCCCUCCGAAUCGUCCGCAUUCCUCUACUGAGCGGAGUGAUAUAGAUGAUAUGGAUGAUAUCUCUGUGACUUCUACUGACUACGGAGUCAAGGACGACGACCAGGAUAAAGAAUGGACUGUCGAAGCCAUUUACGCUGAACGGGACCAUCCAGAAAGGCCAGGUGAAAAGCAAUAUAUGAUACGCUGGGAGGGUUUUCCCAUGGGAGAAUGCACGUGGGAACCUGUAGAAAACCUCGGUCCGGGCCUCCUCACUCAAUGGGAUGAAAUCCAGCAGGAAAUCGCAACUGGGAAGCGCGAACCUUUUGAUGUAGAGAUAUACAACACCGCGUACAGAGAAAGGGAAGCAAAGCGUGCGAGACGCAAUGCUAAGCGGAAGAGGCUAGGACUACUUGAUAACAUUCCUUUACCUCUUGAGUCUCCUUUGGAGUCUCCUAUCGAACCCCCGACGCCAACUGCACAAGGGGACGAAAUGGUCCUCGACGACAUCUCCAAAGAGUCAAGUAAAGUUGAUACGGGCCACCCAACACCUAAGACAAACUCUCAGAAAGUCAUCAAGCAGAAAACAUUUCAUGGGAUUCCGUCCAAGCCUGUCACACCAGAGGUGAUUUUAGGCAAGAACCCGAAUAAGAUCAAACGGGCAUCAACGCAACCAAUACCGUCUACACCAGCUCAGAAGCCUCCGAAGCCAAAGCGAGCGGUUUCAGGCGACGGGAAGAUGGGCACCACCAUGACUGGCUACCAAGGCACUGCAAGAAAACCUAGCAAAGAUGCGGGCAAAGCCUCAGGUCAAACAAUAUCACAAUCGGUGUCGAAACCUCCGUCAUCGUUCCCCCCUAAAAUGACGUCUAGCUUGGCGAACAAGUUUUUAGGGAAACGACAUACUGCGACUCGUACUAAACCUCAACCUCAAACAGCCGUCCAACCUAUACGAAAGACUAACGUCUUCGUUGGAGGUAAGGAGCGGAAGAAGCGGGCCAAUCUUGCCGAUGUCAUGGAUGGCCCGUCAAAGGCUCCCAAGGUCUUCAAUUCAAUGCGUGCCGUGAACAACGCAAAGAAACGGGGCAUCGAAAGAACGGAUGUCGCGCACCCAGACAUCUCGUCCAUUCCGCCUAGUUUCUUCCUAACAAACGAUCAGCGUAGUCGGCCAAAUCCAAGUAAGGCAAAACCAACUUUAAACACCCCACCUACGCCAAUCGCAAAUGCACCCAUCGUGCAAAGUCCCACGGCAUCAUCUCCCAAGGAUGUGAGCACGGCUACACCCACACUCAAGCCGAAGAAAUCUGUCCGCUUUACUGGAGCGCAGGAUAACGCGUCAGAGGAUACGCCCAUGGGUGGGGUUGCGGACGAGGAAGCUGAUCUUUUCGUUGAAAGCCCGAUGGAUAUCGAUCAUCCUUUAGAAGUUCCAGAAACAGAAAAAGCUCGCCAAUCAAGGAAACUAUCCCUAGCCACAUAUCAGGAGCGAGAACAAACUCAGGUCGUUAUGAGGACAGCCAUUUUCGGAAAGGCUGGAUCCGAGCCGAUUCAAGUCCUAUUCCGUCGUAUGACACGCCAAAGUCAGCCCUGGCUACCGGCUUUUAUGGCACAAGAAACAUUACAUUUCGAUUCUGUCUGUACUUCGUACAAUUUCGUUACUCAGUCGAAACACCUAAAUGAAGAAAUUCUCUCUGCUGGCACAAUAGAAGCGAAAUCGGACGAGAUUUCAUCACGUUUGGGAAACGUGGCAGAAGGACUUCAACGAGGUUCGUACGGUAGCCACUUAGUAACCAAAGAGUUUUCAAUUCUUGUCUAUCCUUCGAAAUGCAGAGACUGGGAUGGGCUCGGCGUCGAUAUAGGUAAACCUGAGCCAGAGGCUCAUUUACGAUUUAUUAUCUAUAAAUCGACUAGCGACCUGAAACUUUAUCCGCCAGCGUCGGUGCCUCGCGCUCCAACUCGACUGACCGAUAUGGACCAAGCAUCGCACUCUCGAGUACUAAUUAAAGAAUUGUCUAGAUUGGAUUUCUCUCUAUUUCUGCCACAAAACCCGAAGGUGAAGGAUAAGCAGGUGUUCAUGCUACUUUUUCCUUCGAGAGAAGAGCAAAUUUGCCAUGUUAUCAAGCUCUGGCUCCGUUCGUGCCAACCUACCUGUCAAAUAUUUGUCCAGAAUACCCACGAAAAUACAGACAGUUGGGCGCGGUUUCAUAAGGCUGUGCAAGCAGGCGCCGCAGGCACCAUUAUUUUACACGAAGAUAUCAGUACCGCCAUCCGAAAACUGCCACGCGUCUUUCAACUGAUCGACAAUAAAUGCUGCUACACAUUCUGGGACCUCGCUACGGGACAAUACAACCCACCGAGGUUCCCUUCAACGGUGUCCACCCCUAUCGAACCCGGUACACUGCAGAUGACGCGUUUGUUUCCGCAGGGUAGAGCAUUUUUAAUAACACCCAGUUUUGCUCUUUCGGACCCUCUCCGGCUUCUUAAAUUUUUAGAAUGGUUUAAAAACUUUUGCUGUAACCCUCACUAUCUAAUUAUGGCCUGUGCCAACUUUCCCGACUACCUUGAGGCGGUUACGUUGGAGAAGGAAGCAGAACGAAGGGAAGAGUGCUCAAAGAAGGGCUCUCAUCCCUAUCUUGAGGAAAUCCUGGCAAAAGAUGGCUUAGGGAAGCAUCAGCUCGAGGCAAGAUUCCGGGCGUGGGAAGUCUUGAGGGAAAUUAUGAAAGAGUUUGGAGACGAAAAGACGAGCGCAGAUAUUCGCAAGGUUGAAUGGAUUACAGACUUCAUUGACCCAAAUGACGAGCAGAGCCUGGUAAAUUAUUUCUGCUGGUGGUCCGUCUUGAACUGUGACCGGUUUCGCAAGUUCACCGUACUCGGUUCGAGUGAUAACAAAAACAAAGCUGCCUACAGGAAUAUCGAGGUCCCUGUGUAUACAGAAGAAACAGUCAGCGAUCCCGAUGUAGCGUUGGCCCAAGAGGAAGCCUCUAUGACCACUAGCCGCACGAACAUCGCAUCUACCCCACAUAUACCCACUCCUCGUCUGUCAGUCGGCAACGACAGGCCCGCCGAGCUUCAUCGGUGGCUCGUGGACAUGUUCAACCGUUCUUGUCUCGGUAGAGGAAACUGGGCCAGGCUGCACGCUAAGCCUGUUUCUUGGUUGAAUGUGGCGAUGGCUGACCACUUUGGAGAUUCAAGAUGUGAAUACGAUACCUUUAAUAACUGGUUAGGCAGCAUUGGGAGAUUUUCAAGAGUUAACACCUGGUAUGGCCUGUUCUAUACUGUAGAUCAGGAGUGGAAUCCCCAGCUACCUGCCAGCUCAUAUAAACAUCACCCCUGGGUGGGAGUGCUCAGACCGGUCAAUCCCCACUUUCCGUCCUUUAAGUAUGCCGGAGUGGAAUUGUUCAUCUGGGAUAUGUCCGCUCACGACCGAGAACGUAGUCAUGGGAAAGAUGCACUACUUCUCGAUAUGCAGCGGCGUCUGAUAGACCUUGUGGAAAGGGAUAUCUCACAAAAGGAUCCAAAAUAUUUCCUUGACCGAGUCUUUGUAAGCAGUGAUACCCGCUUGGAAUACAAGCUGGAGGACACACCACUGGCUUUUACGCAGAAAAGAAUGGAGGAAAUGAUGGAAGAUGGUAAGAUCUGGUUGCCUCCUUACGUGGGUAAUCUACCCAGUAGGGGCUGGGUACAGAUCCCACAACAAGAGUGGCAAAUAGCGGCGGUAUCUUCCAAGGCACACAAGGCACAGGAACCAAAGCUAUUCCCCAAGCAUCAUAGCGACGAGAAUAAGCUUCAAAGAUCUAUCUGGCAUGCACCGCGCCCCCUAGUCAAGCCAGAAAAGUCGGCCUGCGUCAACCAUCUUUACGAGGCUGCUUACAGCGCGCGAGUGAAGGAUCCAUCGUGUCAAACGACGAAGUAUCAAUAUCGGUCGACUUUGGACUGGUACCACGACAUGAAGGUGGAAGGCCGCGAUUCGAGCCACGUGCAGGUGGACAGCGCGGACAAAAUAUUGGAAAAGCUAUCUCAGAAGUAGAAUUCCCGUGGGAUACUUGGUCCUCAUUUAAGGUCCGCCAAAGCUGGACAAACCUCUGGUAGGGCGCAUAAAGAACGACAAACGUAUUAAGUUUUUGUAGGGAAUUGGAUUGGACCCGGGUAGGACGGAUAACGUACUUGUAUUAAGAAAACAAAUAUACCCCUGUGAGAUACGUAUAUUGCGUUUUAUACCUGAUGUUUGAUAGGUAUCUACCUAGGUACUUACUCGCCUUUUCCGAUCCUGAU